AUGGGGCAGUACAAAUUCGGACGCGUGAUUGUGUGGUUGGAAAACGAGCGUUCCGAAAUUAUUGAAUUAUGCCGUGCCAUCCAAUGUUACUCAUGUGAAUCCGUCUACCACUCCAGAUGUGGGGAUGACUUCGACGAGGAAAACUAUUUCAAAUUGGAUUGCUCGCAUGUUCCGCCACCACGUUUUCUAAGUGACGACUUGGAUUUGCGAAACGCAACAGGUUGUAUGAAGCGAUCUUAUAAAGUGGGAGAUCUGCUGAGGAUCGAACGCAAUUGCUUUUUCGGUGACAUGGACGACACGGACAGCGGUUGCCAACUGGAACCAGCCACAGAACAAGCGGACGAUAAUGAAGACUUCCGCAAUCACAGUCACCAACUGAAGGCAUGGCCGCAGUAUUUAGCGAUCAUCUCCUUUGCGUUUACGGCGAAAUUCUUGAAUUGGCUGAGCUAAAAUAUGUAUAAAUGUGUUGUAAAAGAAUACAGUACUCUGCUUUCUUUAGUAUCCAGUUCCAGCAGAAAGACAUAAAGUUAGCUGAAUUCACUUAUUGAUGUUGAGCGAAAUACUAUUUGUUAUUUGUUUUGUAGCGAGUAGUGAAACAUAACAUUUUAAAUAAAUAAAAAAUUAAGUAAACCUAUAGCAUGAAAAGCUCCUGUUUCAAGGUUUCUGGCCACAGAAGCGUUUUCCGAUGGAAUUAGUUGCCUUAACCGUUGGAGUAGAUCAACUGCCUCGGAGUUGGCUGGCAUUACGCUAGAUGUAGAUCUACUACUUCGGAGCACAGGCUUCUUCCGUGUGCUGACUGUCCACUUCUAUAGCACGACAGCGAUAUUAGCCUUGAGCUCGUCGACUGUUUGCUCAACACUAGUGAAAAGAAGUCUACACUCCUUAUUUCUAACAUCGAGUUACUACAUAUAACGGGUGAUUUUUUUGAGGUUAGGAUUUUCAUGCAUUAGUAUUUGACAGAUCACGUGGGAUUUCAGACAUGGUGUCAAAGAGAAAGAUGCUCAGUAUGCUUUGACAUUUCAUCAUGAAUAGACUUACUAACGAGCAACGCUUGCAAAUCAUUGAAUUUUAUUACCAAAAUCAGUGUUCGGUUCGAAAUGUGUUUCGUUUCGUUUUUAUCGACAAAUUUUGUUCAGCGAUGAGGCUCAUUUCUGGUUGAAUGGCUACGUAAAUAAGCAAAAUUGCCGCAUUUGGGGUGAAGAGCAACCAGAAGCCGUUCAAGAACUGCCCAUGCAUCCCGAAAAAUGCACUGUUUGGUGUGGUUUGUACGCUGGUGGAAUCAUUGGACCGUAUUUUUUCAAAGAUGCUGUUGGACGCAACGUUACGGUGAAUGGCGAUCGCUAUCGUUCGAUGCUAACAAACUUUUUGUUGCCAAAAAUGGAAGAACUGAACUUGGUUGACAUGUGGUUUCAACAAGAUGGCGCUACAUGCCACACAGCUCGCGAUUCUAUGGCCAUUUUGAGGGAAAACU